GCUAAGUUGACUUCCUUAGAUAAAUAGGUAAUAAAACUUUAAUAUAACCGAAUAUGACAAACUGGGCCAUAAUCUUCGUACUUGCACUUUCCGCCUACGGAAACUUUGCAUUUGAAAAUGUUCCUGACGGUGUUUGUGUGCGGAAAUUGGUCAACGGCAAACUUGUCUCCGUGGGAUCGUGUGAGAAUGACAACGGCCAAGGCAUUAUGACGGAAAUCCGAUCAAGGCUGGAAGAAACCAAAAGAAAAGAGAGAGAAAGGAUAGAAGAAAGCAAAAGGCUGGAGAGAGAAAACUGCGACGUCAUGUACGACUCGAAAUGCUUCAUUUUCAUACGCUCUACAACGAGAUAUGACGCAGCGAAGGCACUUUGCACCAACAUUGGUGGUCAGUUAGCCAAUAUAUAUGACCAGACCCACUACAAAAAGGUUGAAAAUUACUUGCGAACCAAAACUAACUAUGUUCUUUACGUGUGGACUGGAUUAGUUUACCAGAACAGAAAGCUCUACUUGAAUACAGGACAAGAAGUGACAUUUCCAAUUGAGUAUUGGUACGGCCGGAAUAAAACUCCGACUGAUGAUCCAACUUCGACAAGAACUCAUCUGUACGUCAGUGAAGAUCCGAGCAGUAGUUUACGUGGUAUUGCCGUUCCUCCACCUACUUCUGAAGCGUACGGCCCGCUAUGUGAAACUUAAAUAAUAACAUAACGAUUCGUACGUUUUUAAUCAAUAUUUUAUUAUGUUGCACAUGGACUACAAAGAAUGUUUCUAUUACAUAAAUCAUAACAUAAGACACAAACACGGUCCAAACAUGAGUUUAUGAUUUCAUUCGAAAAUAAGAAAAGUGAUCGCCUGGCUGAUAUAUAUUCUGACAUGGGAUGUGUUCUGUUAUGAAUUGUUAAAUAAAUAUUACUCAAGUCAA